AUAUAUACCUGGCAUAUUUGCCAUGCUCCCAUAGGCCUAGCAUUUAUCAUCAGGUCCCUUCCGGCCGGCCACGCCACACAGGCACUCGUUCUUCUUCCUCCAUCUCAUCCUGCCUAGCCAGAGCUGCCGCCAUGAAGCUCGUAGCUGCCUGCACCUCGAUGGAGGUGAAGGCAAAGCCGGCGAGGACCAGCGCGAGGGGCGGCACGGCGGUACCGGUGGAGAAGAAGCAGUUGGAGAGGGAGAGGAGGCAGCGCAUGAAGGCGCUCUGUGAGAAGCUCGCGUCCUGCAUCCCAAAAGAAUACUUCCCCCACUCUGAUACAAUGACCCAGCUAGGCAACCUGGAUGUGGCGGCAUCAUACAUCAAGAAGCUCAAGGAACGGGUCGAUGAGCUACAACAGAAGAAGACCUCUGCAGAAGCCAUCUCUACCUUACUAGGAGUUAGUGGCAUCUCGACGGCCACUAUCACCGCUACCACGAGCAGCGGUGCAGGGUCACCAGAAGAAGGGGAAAAAAUUGAGGCAUCACCACCGGUAGUGGAGGUGCGGCAAUCUGACGAUGCAAGUAUGGAGGUGAGGCUGAUAUGCAGCACGGAGAGGCCUAUCAAGCUCCAUGAGGUGAUCACCAUCCUUGAGGAAGAAGGGGCCGUCAUCAUCAACGCUAAUCACUAUGUUGCUGCCCACGUAAUAUUCUACACUAUACACUCCCGGGCCUUCAGCACUAGAAUUGGCAUAGAUGUUUCGAGAAUUUCGGAACGACUGGGAGCAUUGGUAUGAUAGUAAGUUGAUUUGUGUAAAAAAACACUUAACUGUAUAAAUCAACAUCCCACAAAUGGUACAUGAUGUCUGUUCAUUAACCGACUACAAUUACGGAAGAAAACAUCUUAACUAGCUAGUAAAGGUGUUGAACUCACAGCAUGCUCGAUGUAUGAAAAAAUGUUGAUAAAUCUUCGAUCUAUAAUCACCCUCUAUAAUUUA